AUGCAGCUUUAUUGUGGGCAAAGCCAACCCAGCGCACAAACACGCCGGAGCUUGCUUCUUCUCGCCAUUGUAACAUCCACUGCAUUGUGUCCCGGGCUGUGUUUGCUCCGGCUUCGGCGCGGAUGCUUUGAACCAACCUGCCCUGCCUGCCCCGCCCUGGGCGAAGAGAGGUGACUAAACGCCUCGUCAUGUGACCGGGAGGGGCGGCGGCCACGCGCUCCGCUAUCAGGGCAGCAGCAGCAGUGGAAAAUUUUCAGUCUUUUCGGGGGUGCGCGCGCAGCUGAGGAUACGCCGCUAUCACUUCUCUAUCUCUAGAACAUUCCCGUCAAGCGGUGACGGGGGGGGGGCGGAGAUACUUCCGGAGCGGCUCCUGGAGCCAUAACACAGCGGUGCCUCAAAGGGGUGGGGUUGGCGCCUUUCCAGUGAGCGCCCUUGUACUUGGUAGGGCUUACUUCCGAGUAAACCACGCCGAAUAACGUGGGGAGCUGCUGAGGGCUUUCUGUUUUGGAAGCGCGCGGCAUGGCUUCCCCCAGGCGAGGGAGGGCCGCUUGAAACCAAUGAAGGCGCCAAAAAGAGCGAGGCGCGCGCGCGGUAGGGGCUGUUGCAAAGGCAUCCCCCCCCCCCCACACACACACCCGCCAAGCUGUGGGGAAAGACCGGCAUCUCUCUCGUGCUGUGUCUCCUCCUCUCACCCACCCAAGCGGGGCUGCUUGGCGCCGUAGCUUCCGUCCCGCACUUAGCACAGAAACGGCGGGAAACAAACCCCCUCCUUGAAAUGCACAGAACGGGGUCUCCUCUGGACCGCGCAAAAAGAGCCCUUCAGGAGCAAAAACGGGGCGCGUGUGUGCCGUGUGUCAUGCGAUCGAUUAUGCGAGGUGGGGCAUUACCUGCCCCCCCUCCAGUAUUUUAUUCAAGUUGGCACCGUUGGGGGUGGAUGCCUACCCCACCCCCAAUCAAGUGAAAUAAAUGAAGAUGCUUAACUGAAAGUAAAAAUUGUAGAAAGAUUUCGACAAGUUUUUCUGAGCACUUGGGGUCAAAACAAAGUCAUUUAAAACAACUGUUGUUGAGACAUGUCCUGCUGGACAGAGCCAGGCAGAGGAUGAGGACAGGUGGGUGCCCUGCUCUCCCCACAACAUAAAUCCCAUGCUCCUACCUGGGAGACUAAUCCAUAAAAUCCUGGCUUUCAUUUGAAAAUAGAAACCCCAAAUGGGUUUCGAGCAUUGAUAGCACCUGGGAUAUGUGGCAAAAUAUACAGAUAUUAUUCUCAUUAUUUUCGAGUGGUUUCCUCCUCUCAGUGUUCUGUUGACUGUUUUGUUCUGUUGAAAAACUCCUACAGGUGGGGCGAGAGAUAUCUUACCAGUGAAAGCCCACCACAGAUGCAUGGUCACCCCCACCACCCCAGUUUUUCAAGAUGGCUCACAGCGCGAUCCUAUCCAUGCCUAUACAGUGGUCAGUCCCAUUUUCAAUUACUCCCAUAUAUAUAUGCCUGCAGCCUCAGUCUCCAGAGUUCUUGGAAUAUGCUCUCUCAGAAGUAAUUCAAGGUGUGAAGAGUCAAUGGGGUUCUAUUGGGGUGGUGGUAAGAAGUAAAUAAUGACUUGUACACUGAAACAUCUGAGAUAUCUAUAUGCAAGGUGAGCUGUGGAAUAGAGUGCACUAUGAGGUGAGAAAUAUAAGGGCAAGAGAGAUUCAGAUGGACCUGAUGGUUAGCUGGUGGUGUAGCAUAGCAUAGCAUAGCAUAGCAGGAUGUCAAACUAGGUCUACUGAAACCCAUCUUUGAAUUCUACUCAGCCUUGAAUAUCACUGGGGGGUGUUGGACCAAUCGCUCUCUCAGACUAACCUAUCUCACAGAGUUGGUGUGAGAAUAAAAUGUAGCAAAACCCUAUCUAUAUUGAACUUCCUGGCAGGAAAAGAGUUUACAUGUAAUAGAUACUAGUAGCUAAGAGAACAAAAAGAAAGAGGCAUCUCAUAUCUACAGAGGGGGGAAAACAAAAAGAGAGGGCGCCGUAAACCUUUAUGUUUUGUGGCACAGCAUGGUUAUUUGUGUUUUUAAGUAGGGUAAAGGUGGUGAACUAACUUCUAGCAAUGUGCCCUUUUUGUACACAUUACGUUUCUAUGUAUGAUUGAAUUCCAUUUAGUUACAAUGUUGGCAGAAACUCUCUGCAGGAAUGUAAGUAAACUCAAUAUAAAAGAUGUGCAAGUUGCCACAAGACUAAACCUGGUUAUUAGCUGCUUCCCAAGUCCUUAUUUCUGUGAAAGUUUGAUGCAGCUGAAUUAGCUGGAACUGAAGUUUAUAAGCCCCUGCAUCUCAAAAUAAGGCUUUGGGCUACUUUGUUUCAGGUAUUACAAUGACUGUGGGAAUGAUAUCUUCCAAGAUGCACAAUCAUUCUCUCCAAUCAAAAUCACUGGUUUUGUGCAGCACUUUUAUGUGCAGUGAUUCCGAAGAACCCUUACAGAUAAGGAACUGUGCAUCCCAAACUGAAUUUUGGGCUGCUACAAAUAAUCCAUCCACACCUCCAGGAGAGUGUCCUGUUCAAGAAGCCCCAUUCAUGUCUAUCUGAAUACUUCAUUUUGGUGCAACACAUUGUGAAGCUCCUGCCCCAUGCCAGUAAUCAAGAUACAAAUAAAGCAUGCAUCCAUUCCUUAAAGUGUGUCCUCUAUGAGGAAUUUUAGCAUCACAUUUGACCCAACACUUUUCUUUUGCUCAAUUCACUAUCAAGGCCCCUGGCCCCCCGACAAUUGCUUAAUGAAUAAUGAACUGUGUAUGUGUGUGUGCCAGACUAAGAUUUGGGCUACAACAAAAUACACACCUAGAAUUCCAGGAGUGUGCCGCCUUCUACAUGUUGACCUAACAUUGCAUCCAGCCUAACACUUUGGUUGUGGUGCAAGGCAGCACCAAACUUGUUGUUUCCAUGCCAAUAACACAUUGAUAGAUUUUUGUAUGGGGCAGUAUGCUUUAGACUGAGCAUCCUACAGCAAAGGAAGGCAGUGGACUGCAGCUAAUGCUAGGUGUCUCAAUGAGGGCACUCUUCAAUAUACUAUUUAGGAUGGCCCGAAACGUAUCCAUUUUGACAUAAAUUGCCAAUUAUUGCUGUGGGCUCAGUGCACUUGAUGGCGUUUUGCAUAUAAACAAAGCACUGGCUCCUUUUUGAGACUGCUUUCAUGGAAGUUUGGAUUAUAGAACUAAGAAUGUCUAACUAAUUUCAGCCUCAUUAAGUGAACCUCAGAGUGAUUUGAAAUGUGCAUCCCCGCUCUCACUCAAGUUUUCAUUUGUUCUGCGCAGAGCACAUUUUAUCCAUUAAACAGUUCAAACACUACGUGUAACAUCCACACAUUAUGGAAACAUUGUCCCAUUACAACUACCAUUAUAUCAGUGAGAAAUGAAAUUUAUUCAUAGUUCAAGGGGGACUGGAAUAUUUUCAGCCUUGGUUGGGCUACCCCAGGGUGGGCAGAAGGUGCAUAUUCAAUAAGGUUCAACAAGGUUUCUGACUCCCAGUUAAUUUGCAACGGCAACAACAAAAAGGCACAUACAAACACACUCCAAAUUUGGCUGCUAGGUAAUGGGAGGAAGGAACUGGGAGUGUGGUUUUUUUGUGAUAGGACUAUGAAUUCAGUUCUGGGAAUAAAAACUGGGCUGAGCAAGUGGUCAGAUAUACCCUGGGUCCUUAUUCUAAGGGGGUGUUGCCUGCCUCCACCAUCCCAGCCACUAUUUUGCACCUGACUCUGCUUAGAGGGCUUUGGGAUUCUAGUGAAAGCAAAACAAAGUGGACCCUGCAGGACUGAAGUCUGCCUUCCCCUGAAGAAACAUCUUGCAUUCUGUAAAUAAAUGUGUCUUCCUUGUAGUUGCCAAGUAGAAUUUCUCCUUCCCCAAUUUGAAGAUUGUUCAAAGCAUUUGAAAGGGGAACUUGCACACCCCUCCACUGUGUUGAAAUUUAUUUUAAGACUUCCUUUUCAGACAUUACAGUUCUUUCUACUUCUCCAAUCCAAGCUUGGUUUGAGAGUGUGAAAAGUGAAUACAUUUCAUUGGUUGUUCUCCAGUGGGUUGUGGAUUCUAUGUCCUGAACUGAAAGUUCCAUUUUCAUAUUAUCCAAGCAUUUAGGUUGUGUGGAACUACAUGUAUGCCAAAUUUUCAUUUUUGUAUCUGUUCAUCAUCAUCUUUACUGCUGAGAUUUGUCUUGGCAAAAACCAGUUUGAGAAGUCAAUGAAAAACUUAGGCUGCAAUCUUAUACCCCUAAUGUGAACUCAAUGGGACUGACUUCUGAAUAGGCAUGCAUAGGGUGGCACUUAGUGUUUCAUAUCCCGAUAAGAUGGUGUCUUCAUGCUCAACAUGAUCCUAGGCAGUUUUUGUUGUAAAGUGACUACAGCUCCUGGAACUACAUCAAUUUAAUACUGCUUUAAUACUGAAAUGAUUAUAAUAAGUGUUGUUUGUGUUUUUUUCUGUGGGACUCAAGUGGGACUUAUUCCCAUGUGAGUGAACACAGGAUCACCAAAUAAGGCUACCCCACCUACCUGGGAGUAAACCCAAUUAAAUUAACCAUGCUGUUACUCAUCUCUUUCAAUCAUGCUAUUAUGAGCUCUAAUAUUUGGGAGUCAAGUCAGGACUGGUCCUGCCAUUAGAAACAGUGAGACAACCACCCCAGCUGGCAGAAGUUGGAGGCAGCAUUCUCUCACUGUUUCUCCUGAGCUUCUCAGCUAUUUCCCUCUGUUGCCACAUGACCACUCCUAGGUCCCCUAAUCUGGCCUGCAGUCUCAGGUGUGGUGGAUGCUAUCCUGUCACAAGCAAUUAAAAUAAGAUUCAAGAGCUUGUCCAGCCAGCUUUUGUACAUGGAAUGGGUAAGGGGCAUAUGUCAAGCUGCAAAAUGUCUUGACUUGUCCCUGGUUCAGUUACAAAUCCAAAGAGUGUUGCUCCAGGAUAGCUAUUUGUAUUCAAGAAUGAGACUAGCUUUCAUGCUGUCACCAAGCACAGCUGACACUGCUGUUUACAACUGGGCAGAAACUAGGGGCACCUGCAAGAAAAUGUUGGGGGGUCCAGGCAGCCAGCCAUGCCUUUUUCCUCUCUGGGUUCCCCUCCUAUCAAUGUGGUGUCAUUUGUGUGUGUGUGUGUGUGUGUGUGUGUGUGUGUGUGUGUGUACUUCUGCUAACUUUGGGGCUCCCCCAAGCCUGCUGGUCCAAUUUCAGCUACAUAUGGAGCCGCACUCAGAGAAUCUGUUCUCCAUUAGCACAGGGUGUAGUCCUUGUUGUUGUUUAGCCGUUUAGUCGUGUCCAACUCUUCGUGACCCCAUGGACCAGAGCACGCCAGGCACUCCUGUCUUCCACUGCCUCCCACAGUUUGGUCAAACUCAUGCUGGUAGCUUCGAGAACACUGUCCAACCAUCUCGUCCUCUGCCUUCCCCUUCUCCUUGUACCCUCAAACUUUCCCAACAUCAGGGUCUUUCCCAGGGAGUCUUCUCUUCUCAUGAGGUGGCCAAAGUAUUGGAGCCUCAGCUUCAGGAUCUGUCCUUCCAGUGAGCACUCAGGGCUGAUUUCCUUAAGAAUGGAUAGGUUUGAUCUUCUUGCAGUCCAUGGGACUCUCAAGAGUCUCCUCCAACACCAUAAUUCAAAAGCAUCAAUUCUUCAGAGAUCAGCCUUCUUUAUGGUCCAGCUCUCACUUCCAUACAUCACUACUGGGAAAACCGUAGUCCUAGGAAUCAAAAUAGUCAAGUCAGGAAGAGAACUGACACUUACUAAAUUGCUCUCAAAGAGUUUCCCAAAUGUACUUUUCAGCCCUCCUUCAAAAGAAAAACAUGCCACUUACAGAAAGCAUUGGCAGAUGUCAAAGCUUCCAAACAAUACAGGAGCAAAACAAAGAAAUGAACUACAGCAAACUUUGGGGGGGGGGGGACAUAUUCCAAUAUAAUAGAAUCACUUGUGAUCUUACUACUAUGCUGCCUAGAUUACGUUUGUGGGAAGCACAAAGGUUACUGAAGCACGGUUGUUUGCCUCUGUUCUCAAAACCCUCUAUCCCUUUCCUGAAUCUUUCAUUAAUAGAUGGGUUGGCUCAGAGGAAAAUUUUAAAAAUACAAUAUUUAUUUUUGUAUUUAAAAGGCUGGGGAUGGGGAGCUAAAAAAACACACACACACUAGAGCAUAGAAACACACUCAUGGAAUGAAAUUUAUUUAUUUAUAGAUAUUUCUUUUAUAUGUUUGUGUUUAUUUCUUCCUAACCCAGUGCAAGGAGUUGAAAGAAAAUCUUGCUUUUCCCAGGGUGAAAGAAUUGUAAAAUACAUCUAUGAAUUAAAAAUGUAUGUCAGGCUUGGGUAGAUUCUGUUACUUGGUUAUUCUGUUUAAUUCUGGCAGAGUUUCCAUAAAGUGUAUCUAUAAAUGCCCAGCACCACAGUUACAUAAGGAAUGAGUAAUACUCAUUAAAGGCAUGCACACAAGUCAGGGCAGUUCAUAUAAUUUUCCUCCUGGAUAUGUUAUAUCAUUAUCAUGUGAUAUUAACAGUAUCCUAGACUUAACUGGAAAUUGUGACUUAGGUGGUUAAUAAUACAGAAUGACAACUGAGUCCUGAAUUCAUACCCUCAAAAUCUAAUACAGUACCGUAUACCAUAAGCAGAAUUUUUGUUCUUAUUAGACAAAAGUUUUAGCAGCCUUGGUGGUACAAGAAAACAUGAGUUAAAUAAGGUUGGAAAUGUUUUGUUUUGGUUUUAUUGAGUCACACAAAAUCUUCAGAUGCAGUGUUCCCACGGUGGAAGUCUUCCUUUUGGCACCAUUUUCACCCAUACCCCAUCUCAUCUAAGCAUUUUAAAACCAUAGGUUUUAUCAGUCAGUUUUGGUAACAUCUGAGGACUUAGGAGAUGCUGUGGUUGUAUACAUAUGAUCAGUGCUUUUUUCUUUAAAAAAGUUAAAAAUGCUUAGGGGUACUCUCAUUUUCCUACUCAUAUUGAAAUACUGCCCCUCAAUGAGGCCAAACUUAAUUUCACAAAAUGUUUAGGAGUAUGUGCACCCCUGCGUACCCCCAUGGAAAAAAGCACUGCAUAUGAUAAUUCAGUGAUGUUACAUUUAUCUAUGAAAUCAGCAGCUGGUGGACCAAAAAUUAGACUAGUGAGCUGUGGUGGCAUUUCAGAAAACAUUACCGUGUCCAGAGGGUGUUCUGUACAAUUUAGUAUAAUUUACAAUUUGGUUUGAUUUGUGUUGGGGGCAGAAGGACACGCACCUGUCAUCAUCCUCUGUCUGGCUCUGUUUAGCAGAUUUGGAAUGAAAUGUUUCAACAACUUGAAUAGCUUCUUCAGCUAAUACAUAAAUCCGGCACUGCAAACGAGACUGUGUUGUUCUGGUUUUGCAGAUGGGGAAACUGAGGCCGAAGGCAUCCACGGGACCCAGAAAAAAAAAACUUAGGAUCCAAAAGCAAAGCCCUGCCCCCAUUGUAAUUUGAAGCCUCCAUCAUUUCGAAGAAUCGCCGGCGUCGAGUUUCGCCCUGCUGCUAAGUAACAGCCUCGUGAUCCGCUUCUUGUGCGGGAAAGAGUUGGCUCCUCCCGAGGGUUAAACAGCGUCCCCGGAGCUGCCUCGUAAGGCGGAGUCGGAAGAGCUCCCGGGGCGGAGCGACGGAGCUCCGUGUUGGUAUACAAAGAGCGGUUGCACGUUGUCGAGGGGAAGCCGCGCCCUGUUCUUCCGCCGCUCCCCCUUCUCUGACGUCGCCGCAUUCCGCCCUCAAAAGCGGAGGCAUCGCCAGACAUUCCCAGACCUGAGCGCGACGUUCCGCGAGAGCUGAUGCUGCGCCUGCUGCUCGGCGGCUCACAAUAGAGGAAAACACAAAAAACCAACCACCUCGCUAAGCGUCCAAGCCGCAUACCUCACUCUCCGCCUCCAGAAUUUUCGUCGUGAUUCUUCUUGCUUUAUUUAAUAAAAGAACCAUAAAUUAUUAUUUUAUACCGGCUUUUUUUUUACGAAACAAUUUAAAACAAAACCUAUUGCUGAUAUUUUAAUUUUGUGUAUAUAUAUAUAUAUAUAUAUAUAUAUACACACAUAUAUAUAUAUUUCUUACUGGGCCUUUUAAUUGUUAAUAUCUGAGGGUUUUUGUCGUCGUUUUUUGCUUUCGUUGAAGAAGCGAAUUAAAUCGCGGAGAUCUCAGAAUUUUUUUUUGAAUUUUAAUUUUUGUGGGGUGGAAAGGAGAUCCGGAAUAUCCAAGGCUUCACUGAUCGAGGUAAAAAAAAAUCUUCUUGGGCUGUUUCAGGGGGUUGGGGGAAUCUGUGAUCAUGGGGAGGGGGCUGGUUUGCUGCUGUGGUAGCGAAGGCAUGGCAACAACACAAAACCCCCCAAAUCGUUCCUUUACGUAAGAUUGGGUGUUAAAAAAAAAGACAUACCCCAGCCAGCGUUACUGCAUCUUUGGAGAGCUUGGGAUGGGGAAGACCUACUAGAAAACAGGCGCUGCUGGUGCAGUCUUGUGACUGAUUUGCAUUUUUUCCAUUUUAAAAAUGCAGGGACCCCUCUUUUAUUAUUAUUAUUAAUUAUUAUUACUAUUAUUAUGAGGAAGGGUGGAAGGGAAUGGCCAAGGAAAGGAUAACCAGCAAGGCAGGGUGGUUAAUGUACUGAAAGGGAAUGUGACAAUCACCCGACGGGGUUGCAUCAUUUUCCGUUCCGAUGGGGUGGAGUUGGCUGGCCGCCCAAACCUGUACAGAGGUUUGUGUGUGUCCGUGUGUCAUUUCUGGUUUGACACAAGUCGAUUUUCGUGAACCUUCAACUAGCCUUUGCAACUUCGGGUUUCUCCUGGUUUAGUCUACCCUUUAAGAAGUCAACCCUUGUAAUUAAAAUGACUACCUUUAAAUGUCUUGCGGGGGGUGGGGGGGAGAGUGGAGAGCAAGUGAUGUAUAGGUCGAAAUGGAUUGUUGGGCAGAUAUGUGGUGUUGUGUUGUGUUGUGUUGUGUUGUGUUGUGUUGUGUUGUGUUGUGUUGUGCAGUGCACCCCCUUGCCUUUCACACGCAGAUCUUCCCCAUUGGCGGGGGCUGCCGUGUCGAAGCUGGAGAUUAUCUUUGUUCUACUCUCUUGUACUUUUCCUUCCCUUGCCAUCUCCCUCCUCCCUCCCAUCUCUGCUGGUACUUUUCCACUCGCCUGGCUGCCUAUGAAUCAGCCGCGGUGAGCAGAAGCGGCGGCGGCGGCUGCUCACGUGACCCAAUUCGGGAGGACUACUGCAGUAUUGACGUUUCCCCCUUUUUUUUUUUUUACCUUCACAGACAAGGCAAGUCCAGCAGCCAAGGACAAAAGAUCAAGAGGAGCCCAGGCUUGCUGCCACUAUCCCAAAUAG